UGAGAAUUAAUUCAAUUGUCUCGGUACUGCAAAGUUUAGUCCUUAAUUCUAACAUACAAUUAUCCAACAUAACCAAAUAUGUUGAGGUACAGUAGGCUACUGAGGGUAAUGUCAAGUGUUUCCCCUGAUAAUGAAGCUACCCAUAACAUGUCCCUAUCAACCUAGAUGGGAGGAGCUCUACAGCAUCUUUAACUUUUACGGUGAAUGAGGUUUAUACUAAUAAAUGCCCCACACGGAGCAGAUUUGGUAAACACUUCUCUUUAUUUCUUGCGUGCUGAAGACAAAAACAUGUAGUUACACAGGAAGAGCUGUGUGUGCAGCCAGGCAUGCGCCAAGUGAUGAAACCAAGAAUGGGUGGCUUCCUUUCCCCUUGAUGUCUGAAAGAGGCCUCACCACCACCACCACCACCACCGCUGUUUUCCAAGGUGGAGCUUUAACAGUCAGUCGGUGCAUGAGACUGUGAGACUCACUAACGUCUGCACUUGUGUGUACCCCAAUUCAGUUUGUUGUCGUUGUCAGUUUUUUCUACCUUCACAGAUACUGGAACUACAAAUGGAUAUGAUGGAAUGGUGUCUAGUCGUUUGGCUAAUUGUUUUACCCCCAGCUCUAGUAAAUGGGGAAGUGGUGUACCUCAGCCAGAAACGCAAUGGUUCUAUUGAGUUUGCAUGCUCGACUACUUCGAGGGACCCUUUUGCCUUCUAUCUGAGACGCGAGUGGCUGGAGCCCAUCAAAGAAGUUCUGUUCAUCCACGAAGGCCAGAAUCCCACUUUUGGUCCCGGUGAAACCGGCAGGAGUCGCAUCCGUGUGUUUGAGGACCUCCCCGCUGGCCAGGUGAACGUGAGCAUCUCCCACCUGCAGGGCUCGGACACGGACCGCUACACCUGCGAGUUUAUAUUCUCCGGCGUUCCCCAUGACCGCAUGGAACCUGGCAGAGACACGUUUCUGCUCUAUGUUGCAGAUCAUGGUUCAGAUGAACCGCCUUGCAGCUGUUCCAGUUAUACAGUUAUACUGUACACCAUCGCUGGAGCUGUUGGCCUUCUGCUUCUCGUCAUCAUUGGCCUUACAGUAGCCUAUUGUGGCAAGGCGAGCAACGGCAGCAAACCACAGCCAGCCGUCCCCAUCUACGAGGAGAUGGCAGGCCUGCAGUCAGGCAACAACAAAGCCUUCUAUAACCCUGGGGAGUUUGGGGAGAGUGAGUAUGUGAAGCCCGUCCGCAGUGAGAACCCCUACUCCAUCCCUUAAAGGGGCCCUGGCCUCCGGAACAAUCUGCACCCAACUGAGCUCCUCAUUCAGAGCGAUCAUUUCACCUGAAGAGUCUGGGCAGUUCACCUCUCAAGACAACACAAUGUCUUUCACAAACAAAACCUAUCACACUUAAUACCUCAGAGGUAGAAAUGCAUGUUUUGCGGUUUGCUGUAUCUUCACAAGUGUAAUACCAGAGUGUGUUUGUUAGUGGAGCUGUGAAAGGCACAGUCAGAGAGAUUUUGCUGGAAGUCGCGUUUGUGUUGAUGUUUACAUUCAUUAGCAGAUGCUUUUGUGCAAAAAAACAUACAUUAUAUUUUAACCAAGGACUAAACAAAACAUACCAGAGCGGUACCUUCAGUAUUCCCAGAGAAUUUCCAUGCAGGGUUUCGUUUUUGUUUGGGGCAGGCUGCCACCAAACUAGUGUUGUGAGAUGAAUGUGACAAAAAUGAUGGGCUAGAAAUCACGCAAAAUCCCCGACUGAGCCUUUAAUAGCAAAAAAAAAUGAUUCCUCUUUUUGUAUCACGGCAGACGUAUGACUUCAUUCUAACUUACAAAACAAAAGUGUCACAUCACAGCAUGUGACACCCUCACAUACAUGUUGCUGUUGCUGUCACAUGUUUUCAACUCCACACGGAAGGAUGGAAAGAUGUCAAAGAAUGAAUCAGAAGUUAAUUUCUAUAGAAGUAUAUACAGUAGGUAUAUAAGUAU